AAAAGCCUCAGUCUGUCUUCAUGGUGCAGGGAUAAUCUUGGACUCUUUUACCCCUUUCUCCUCGACUUUUGCACAAUUUAAGGCUCACGUCUUGGAUUUAGACAUGAAGAGCCUUGUGCAGUCCAGGAUCUGCUUAUUUCUGACUUUAUCACUGGCACAGAUCCUGUUUGUCAGAUGCCAAGAUGGGACCAGUGGAGAUGUAGAUGAUCUGAGCUGUAUAGAAGACGGGCAGGUCUACACCAACCGGGACGUGUGGAAGCCCGAGCCGUGCCGAAUCUGCGUGUGUGACAGUGGUACCAUCUUGUGUGAUGAUGUGCAGUGUGAUGAGGUCAGCAACUGUGAGAAGGUCAGGAUCCCUGAAGGAGAAUGCUGCCCGGUGUGUGACAGCGGGGGAGGAGGAGGAGGAGGCAGUAACACCAACAGAGUCAUAAAAGGUCAGAAGGGUGAACCUGGAGACGUUCCAAUCGUCACUGGACUUCCAGGACGACCUGGACCAAUGGGACCACCAGGUCCAUCAGGAUACAGGGGAGACCAGGGACCCAAAGGCAGACAAGGUCCAAGAGGCUUAGCUGGAUACGACGGAGAGCCUGGUGUUCCUGGACAGCCAGGAGAUCCCGGACCACCAGGUCACACCCCUGGAGGCCACCUCUCCUCACAUAUGGCAGGAGGCUUUGAUGAAAAAGCAGUAGGACAAAUGACCAUGAUUCCUGGUCAAAGAGGAGAGGCUGGUACAAGAGGACCACCAGGAUCCAACGGUCUACCAGGGUCACCAGGACCACAGGGCUCCCCUGGUGAUUCUGGAGAGCCAGGAUCAAUGGGACCUUCUGGUCAGAGGGGACCUGAGGGUCCACCAGGAAAACCUGGUGAAGAUGGAGAAUCAGGGUCAGCAGGAAGUGCAGGAGAGAUGGGAUUUCCUGGAUCUCCAGGAGCAAGAGGCUUUCCCGGAACUCCAGGACCUCCAGGUCUGAAGGGGCACAGAGGACACCAAGGUCCAUCUGGCGUAAAAGGAGAACAUGGAGCCGUCGGCUCAAAAGGUGAAUCUGGUGGUGCUGGUCCAUUGGGUGCACCCGGCCCGAUGGGUCCAAGAGGAAUGCCAGGAGAGAGAGGACGGCCCGGACCAGGCGGAGUACCUGGUGUACGUGGUACUCAAGGAAAUGUUGGCAAACCAGGUCCAAUGGGGCCACUAGGCCUCAGUGGAGCUCCAGGCUAUCCAGGGACUCCAGGUAUGAAGGGUGACCCAGGACCUACAGGAGUUAGGGGUCCGGAGGGACCACAGGGAUCAAGAGGUGAAAAUGGAGCACUGGGCAGACCCGGACCACUUGGCUUACAGGGACCAGUGGGUACUGAUGGAGGUCCAGGUCCUAAAGGUCCAUUGGGAACUGUUGGGCCACAGGGGCCUGUUGGUCUGCCUGGACCACAUGGCCCUCCAGGACCGCAGGGAAGCACUGGACAGCCUGGCAUCAAAGGUCAAGUGGGAGAUGUUGGUGUCACAGGAUUUAAAGGAGAAGCAGGACCUAAGGGAGAACAGGGUCCACUAGGAGCUCAGGGAGUACUUGGACCUCAAGGAGAGGAGGGAAAGAGGGGACAAAGAGGAGAUCCUGGAUCUGUUGGCCCACUAGGACCUGUUGGAGAAAGGGGAGGUCCCGGAAAUCGUGGCUUUCCUGGUCAAGAUGGGUUACAAGGAGCCAAAGGUGCACAAGGUGACCGUGGAAUAUCAGGAGUUUCUGGACCUAAGGGUUCGACCGGAGAUCCCGGCCGAACAGGCGAACCGGGUCUACCAGGAGCAAGGGGCUUGACUGGAACUCCUGGAGUUCAGGGUGCUGAAGGAAAGCCAGGACCCUCGGGUCCAACAGGUGAGGACGGACGCCCAGGACCUCCAGGUUCUAUUGGAACCAAAGGUCCAGAAGGAUCAAUGGGACUUCCAGGCCCUAAGGGCUUUAAUGGAGAUCCAGGAAAGGCAGGUGAACAAGGGCCACCAGGUCCUCCAGGCCAGCGGGGUUUACCUGGUAAAGAAGGAGAGGUUGGUCCACUCGGUCCUGCAGGUCCUCCAGGCCCAGCUGGUGACAGAGGAGAACAGGGGCCUCCUGGUAUGCACGGCUUCCAGGGAUUACCUGGACCAGCAGGACCAGUAGGAGAGGCAGGAAAGCCUGGUGAUGAGGGUAUUCCUGGUGAGGGUGGCCCCAUAGGACCAGUUGGACCAAGAGGAGAACGUGGUACUCCAGGAGAGAGAGGUGAGCUUGGGUCUACUGGACUGCAGGGAGCCAAGGGUAUCCCAGGAGCACCUGGACCAGAUGGACCAAAGGGAAGUCCUGGACCAACUGGUGGUGUAGGUGAUCUGGGACCUCCAGGUCUUCAGGGAAUGCCAGGAGAAAGAGGAAUCUCUGGACCCUCUGGUCCUAAGGGUGAACGGGGUUCAAUAGGAGAGAAGGGGUCAGAGGGUACGCCCGGAAAUGAUGGUGCAAGAGGGCUGCCAGGACCACUCGGCCCUGCAGGACCUCCUGGCCCAAGUGGUGAAAAGGGAGAACCUGGACCAAAGGGACCACCUGGACCUCAGGGUUCCAGAGCAAUGCCUGGAUCUCGUGGUGAGCCGGGACCUACAGGAUCUGUUGGAUUCCCUGGACAACCUGGACCUGAUGGUCAACCUGGAGUGAAAGGAGAACCAGGAGAGCCAGGACAAAAAGGAGAUGCUGGAUCUCCUGGACCUCAGGGAUUGGCUGGACCUCCGGGACCUAUGGGUAAUACUGGUGUAGCCGGACCAAAGGGUGGCAGAGGAACCCAAGGAGCUCCUGGACCUACAGGUUUUCCUGGAUCUCCUGGAAAAGUCGGUCCACCAGGCCCAACUGGCCCUGUUGGUCAGCCUGGUCCCCUCGGUCCUCCAGGAAGAGAGGGUCCACCUGGACUACGUGGAGACCAUGGACCAACAGGACGCCAAGGAGAGAGAGGCCCACCUGGACCUGCUGGAAGCCCUGGAGACAAGGGAGAUCCUGGAGAAGAUGGGCCCACUGGUCCUGAUGGUCCACCAGGUCCUGCUGGAACAACUGGGCAAAGAGGAAUUGUAGGUCUUCCUGGACAGAGAGGAGAACGUGGAAUGGCAGGAUUACCUGGACCAGCUGGUCCACCUGGUAAAUCAGGAUCAUCAGGAGCACCAGGAGAUAAAGGCCCAUCUGGGCCAGUAGGACCACCAGGUGCUAAUGGACCUCGAGGAGAUCCUGGUCCUGAUGGGCCAGCUGGAUCUGACGGUCCACCAGGAAAGGAAGGACUUGUAGGUGAACGGGGUGACCGUGGAGAUCCAGGACCAGAGGGACUUGUUGGUUCAAGGGGAGCUCCUGGUACCCCCGGUCCUGUAGGUUCUACUGGAGGCCCAGGACAAAGAGGAGAGCCGGGUUCAAGAGGUCCUCUCGGUCCUCCAGGCCCAGCCGGGAAAAGGGGUCUUCCAGGACCUCAAGGCCCGAGAGGAGACAAGGGAGAGUUGGGAGACCAUGGAGAUCGAGGACAGAAGGGACACAGAGGUUACACAGGUCUACAGGGACUUCCAGGCCCACCUGGUACCACUGGAGCGCAUGGACCAUCUGGAAUUAUUGGACCAAGUGGUCAAAGAGGACCCCCUGGACCAAUAGGGCCACCAGGCAAAGAAGGGUACGUUGGACAGCCUGGACCAAUGGGACCACCUGGAUCACGAGGAAUCAGUGGAGACAUCGGACCAGAGGGACCUCCUGGAGAGCCUGGUCCUUCAGGUCCACCCGGACCCCCUGGACAUGCAAUCGCUGCUAUGGAAGACUUGUUUGGGGGCCAUACCGAUUACGACGCCGGUCCACCUCCGCCUGAAUUCCCAGAGGAUGAAGCUCUGCCCAAGUCUAACUCCACAGAUACGUUCCAAGCUGAUCCAGGAGUCCAGGCUACUUUGAAAGCUCUCAGCAGCCAGAUUGAUAGCAUGCGGAGCCCCGAUGGCAGUAAAAAACAUCCUGCACGAACCUGUGAGGACCUUAAACAAUGCUACCCAUCAAAAAAGAGCGGUGAAUACUGGGUGGAUCCAAACCAGGGCAGUUCUGAGGAUGCCAUUAAGGUUCACUGUAACAUGGAUACUGGAGAAACAUGUAUCUCAGCCAAUCCCACCAGCAUUCCUCGCAAAUCAUGGUGGAGUACUCCAGGAAACAAACCAGUGUGGUUUGGAACCAUGAGGGGUGGAACUCACUUCACUUAUGGAAACAAAGACCAGCCACCCAACUCGGUCACAGUGCAGAUGACGUUCAUCAGGCUGCUUUCUAAGGAGGCCUCUCAGACCAUCACGUACCACUGCAAGAACACCGUGGGUUAUAAAGAUGAAUCAACUGGAAACCUGAAGAAAGCAGUGAUUCUUAAAGCCUCCAAUGAUCUAGAGCUUAAAGCUGAAGGAAACAACCGCUUCAGAUACACCGUGCUGGGGGACAGCUGCUCUCAAGCCAGUGGUAAAUGGGGGAAGACCGUAUUCGAGUACAGAACACAGAAGACGGCGAGGUUACCCAUCGUGGAUAUCGCCCCUGUGGACAUUGGUCGUUCUGAUCAGGAGUUUGGCAUCGAUAUCGGGCCGGUUUGCUUCUUGUAAAUCAGAGAGCAGAGAUUCAUUGAAGAGAUUCCUGAGACUCUUGAACUGACUGCUGAUACGCUCAGCCUUGUACAUAAAGUACAGCGGACUGCUCUGGCCCUGCAGCAGCGUAUUUAUUGUGCCUUUCCCAAUUCAACACAUUACAGCAGAUUCAGACCCAUAUUAGUAUGUUUUUGCUAAAGGAAAAAUCCACCCUGAACCUUGGUAAUGUCUUAUAAGAACUUUACAUGGUAAAAACAAAUUUGUAAACUAAUGAAGGCAGAAGCUUUUCAUUAGAAUUUAAGAAUGCAAAAUCCUUGUUUAAAGCAGUCUCAGCAACGUCCACAACCAACUGGAAUAAAAAAAAAAAAAAAUCUAAAUCACACCACUGAAAAAAAAAAUCAAAAAAGAAACGUUAGGGUGGAUUUUUCCAGUAAAUAAACCACUAAAAUACAUUGAAAUACAUUUUAGACUCUUUUUAGAUAGAUUAAUAAACCCAUUGAUUGUUGUUUAAAAUUUGUUCCAGCAUCCUAAUACAAGUCAGUAUGAAAGGCUACUGUACCCACCAACUAGACCCAUUUACAAAUGUUAUAAAUUUACGUAUUGUGUUAUUUUCUUUUUAAAUAUUUUUUUAAACAAAUCACAUGGUGCUACAAAGGAAACAUCUGUGUUUUCUGGCAUGAGUUGUUUCUCUGGAAAACUGCUCCUAAAACUGAUAUUCUAUUCUGUUGUUUGCAUUGUAUGACAUUUGAAUGCUGUUGACCAUUAAAUACUGAUAAAACCGAGUCAUUAGCGUAAGCUACCUCGUCUUUGUAAACUGGGAUGAGCAGAUGACAGUGUGAUGAAAUUUCACUUCUCCCAGAAUUAGGUACAGAGCAGGGUGAGGGAAUGUAAAUAAAGUCUCUCCAACACUAA